UUGAAGGCAGCAUAACUUCCGGCCGGGUCUACGUGCGGCGGCCAUAUCACUGUUCCGUUCUUCAAGGGUAUCAGAGACACCAGGCGAGGCAACAUGUACCGGUUUGCUAAAGCUGCAGUCAAUAUCAGCAGUCAGGCCGUGAGGCAGGUGAGGAAUGGAUCCACCAUGCCUCAGGACUUCCACGCCAAGUAUGGCACAGGUCUGAUGGUCAGUGGAGGCAUCUUCUGCACAGCUGUCUGGGCUUACGUGCUGACUCAGACCGGCAUCACCUGGAACGUGUCGCCGGUCGGAAGACUGCAGCCCAAACCGUGGAGAGAAGCUGAGGAGGAGGAGUAAAGAGCCGCCAUGACCGACCUGCGUCCCGUCACAGAAACGUUCUGCUUGUACAGAUGAAUAAUGAAUAUCUGCGUGUUCAGAUGGCGAAUGCCUGCUGCGUUUAUUCCAACAUGUUACUUUGUCCAAAUAAAUUAAUUAUGAUUCUA